AAGGUUCAGAAAGACGUUACUCUCCAGAGAUGGAAACCAAUGAGAUUGAACGGCAGCAGUCACAUGUUCAGGAUUCAUCACAAAAUCGAUUAAGGUCACAUGCAGCAUCUGAUGAUGGUGACAGAAAUGAAGUCAUAAGCAAACUACAAAUGU